AUGGCCUAUGUACAGGUGGCCAAGGCACUGUACGACUACGAGGCCCAAGGAGAAGACGAGCUCAACCUCAAGGAAGACGACUCUCUGUACAUCUUGGAGAACGACGAUGCAGACUGGUUCAAGGCCAAGCUGCGUCGGCUCAAUCCUGAUGGAACUCCCGUCGAGCAAAGUGAUGACGAGGCAGAGAUUGGUCUCGUGCCGGCCAACUAUGUCGAGGAAGCUGAGCCAAUUCGGCUCAGUCGGGCACUUUACGACUAUGAAGCGCAGAACGAGGACGAGCUGUCCAUUGCAGAAGACGAAUUGUUGAGGGUCUACGAGUCUGACGGUCUCUGGCUCCUCGUAAAGAAGCAAGGACACGAUUCGCUGGGCGAGGGGGGAGUCGGCAAUCUGGGUUAUGUGCCUGCAAACUACGUAGACGAGAUGGAAGCUGUGGACACUGAUGGGGCAGCAGAAGUUGUAGACGAGCCUCCCCAGGCCAGUGCAUCAUACUUUGCUCCCCGGUCCACCAGUAUCCCUACCAUCAACACUUCUGCACCAGCAGUCGACAAGACGGACGAGAUUAAGAUGUGGGCCGUCUCGAUACUGGACGCCAAGAAAAAGAAGAAGAAGGGUACCCUUGGAAUCGGCAACGGCUCUCUCUUCUUUGCUUCCGACUCGGACAAGACCCCAGUUCAGAAGAUCCCGGUGCUGAAGAUUACCUCUUACACGAUCGAGAACAAGGGCAAGCAAUUACGCGUCGAGCUUGAUUCAAGUGCUGGAGUAGAGGGAGAUCUGAUGACCUUUGCAUGCGAGAAGAAGGAAGGGGAUGAGCUCAUCAGCAAGCUGGACGAGAGCCGCGGGAAAGCAGAAAGGGUAGCAGCAGCAGAGGAGCAGAAGCAACAAGCACCCGAAGAAGAAGAGGAAGAACAGGCAUACGAGACCCCAGUCGCACCUGUUGCACCUGCUGCAUCCCGGCCUCCAGUCGCAGCAGCGGCCCCAACUCUGCCACCUCCUCAGCGUACCAACUCUUCUAGUCUGCUCCCACCUCCGCAACGUCGGACAGGCAUAAGUCCGAGUGCGUCUUCCCCAUCAACGCCCCUCAGAGAGACACCGCCUGCACCAGCAACGAAUGGUCACUCGCGUGGCGAGCCAUGCGUUGCUCUGUACGACUUUGAAGCCCAGGGCGACGAUGAAUUGGGUGUAGGAGAGAAUGAAAGCCUUACACUGCUGGAGCGGGAGAAUGAUGACUGGUGGAAAGUUCGUAAUGCUCAAGGUCAGGAAGGAGUCGUACCGGCUAGCUAUAUUGAAGUCGCAGAAGGUGGAGCUGCUGGUCAGGCAGAAGAGGCUACUCCGCAAGACGCAGAGGCCGAUGCAGAAGCUGCAAGGCAACGAGAAGAGGCCGAGAGGGAGCAACUUCUCGCUGCCGAGCAACGUCGAAAGGAAGCUCGCGAUAGGUUGGCCAGGGAGGCUGAGGAGAGACGCAGGCGAGAGGCUCUCAAGGCUCAGCCUGCUCCUACACCCCCUACCACAGCCAGGAGCACAGUCGCUGCUGACGGUGCUCGAGCAGCGGCCAAGGACGUCAAGAUCCCCGAAGGGCGAUCGGCGCCUGCACGGCCAAAGGAGGCCGGCAGCAAAGCCAAGCCUGCCCCGAGCAGGACUAGAGUCUGGCACGAUCGAAGUGGCCAAUUCAGGGUCGAGGCUGAGUUCUUGGGCUUCAAUCAAGGCAAGCUUCGCCUGCACAAGCUCAAUGGAGUUGUCAUCGAAGUCGCCAUCGAGAAGAUGUCGAAGCCGGACAUCCAAUAUCUCGAAGAAGUGACCGGAAAGCCUCUUUUGCCGAGAAGGGACAAGGCUGCAGCUGAGUCUAGUCGUGGGUCUGCUUCGGGCGGUGGUAGUGAUCCGCGACAGAGCGAGCGAGAGCGGGAACGGCGAAAGGAGAAGGAGCGUGAAGCUCGCCGGCGACAGGCGGCCGCACGUGGACCUCGUCGUAACAUCGAUUGGUUCGAAUUCUUCCUGGCCGCUGGGGUAGAUGUGCAUGACUGCACGCGAUAUGCAACUGCCUUUGAGAGAGACAACAUCGAUGACACUAUCCUGCCCGACAUGGAGCCCACAACGCUGAGAUCUCUAGGUCUGCGAGAGGGCGACAAUAUCAGGGUCAUGAAGUUCAUUGAGCGCAAGUACAAGCCUCAGCGCUCAACGAGCGGCAUGACACAGAGCGAUAUCGCAAAGCAGAUGAAGGCUGACGAGGAGUUAGCAAAGAAGCUGCAAGAGCAGGAGCGUGGGGCUAAGGGAGGUGGAUCAGAGUCUCCAGGCCUCUUCUCUGGCCCAGACGGCGCCCUGAAGAACAACACUCGACGAGGCAGACCGACUCCCAAGGCAUCGACGAGUGGAGUCGAUGCGGCCUCCAUCGCUGCCGCGGGCGAGAGUCUGGAUCGCAUCACCAGUCCGGCCCAACGUAGCAAUACCUCGAGUCCAAACAUCGAUCGCGGAUCCAGCCAAGCCAAGGCCACUCCUUCUACCAAGUCCAGUGGCUUCGAUGACGACGCUUGGACACCCCGUCCCAAUAGCGCAAAGCCAGCUUCGCCACCACCGCCUGCAAAAGCGGCCACUCCUGUUCCACCUCCCGCCCCUAAAGCCCCUACACCUCCUCCAGCUCCAGCCCCGGCCCCGGCACCUGUCGAACCUGCAAAGCCUGCUGACCCCAAUUCGGCUCUGUUCGAGAAGUUGGCCGCUAUGAAGGCUCCUUCUGCCGCAGAACAGCAGCGUCCAGGUGCUAGCCCGAACUCUUCUUUCAUGGGCUCGGGCGGCUACAAUCCCAACGGUGCGCGGGGGCCAAUGGCUCCAGUGCCACAGAAUCAGGGCCUGUUGCAACCGCUCAUCUCCACCCAGGGUACUGGCCAAUUUGUCCCAACUCGCAAUGGCAUGAUGGGCCAGCAGGCAACGGGGAUGAUGGGCCAGCAGCCGACGGGUUGGGGAGGUAUGCAACAGCAGCCGACUGGCUUCUACGGCGGCAGCGGAUUCCAGCAGCAGCAGCCUCAGCAGACUGGCUUCGGAGGCAUGACUUCUCAGCCCACGGGCUGGAUGGGCUCACAGCAGACUGCAAUGUCUACCAAUAUCUCUGGAUUCGCUUCACCGCAACCGCAAUCCUCGCCUGCGUUCCAGAACCAGCAGCAGCAGCAGCAACAGCCUCAACAGACGGGCAUCUCUGCACAGCAGACUGGUAUGGGUCAGAAUGGAGGCGCAGCUGGAGCCGGAGACAAAUAUGGAGCUGGCAACAUCUUUGCUCAGAUGAAGAGUGGUCAAUUUGGCAAGGACACCAACAAUGCUGCUCAGCCUCCGGCCAAAUAUGACGCUUUGAGACCACAGCCCACUGGCUGGUCCCCGGCAGGUGUGCAGCAACCUCAACAGACAGGCGCAUUCGGAGGAGGAAUGUACCCUCAACAGACGGGCAUGGGCAUGGGGAUGAUGCAGCCGCAAUACACUGCAAUGCAGCAGCAGCCGGGCGGGAUGAUGUAUGGGCAGCAGACUGGGUUCAAUGGCCAAGGCCAGUAUGGGCAGCAAGGCUAUGGUUAUCAGCAGCAAUACUGA